AAAAAACCAAAUCCGCAGCCUUUAUCUUUUGAAGCUGCAUUUUAUCCUUCAAGGCGCUGUUUGUGGUGUGAGGUGUGUGUGAGAAAGGGUACCGUUAUAGUAACCGAAACAAAGGUUGAGAGGACUGGUUAAAGGAGUGGUUUUUCCUAGGAAGCGAGGUGGCUCUACAAUACCGCCAAUAUGCCUAUGCACCCAAAGUCAGACCCCCGUUACUUUGUCAUGAUCCGGCCUCUGCCCAUCCCCAGCCAGAAAGGCCUCAAGGUCCAAGCUCGAAGCAACACCAUCUACAACUGCUGGGAUGUCACGAGAGAGCAGGUCUUCCGGGAGAACUACCAUCGGAGAAUCAAGCAGCUCACGCAUCAAGGCUACUUUACUCCCAGCUGGAAGCCCUAUCAGGAUUUUGGGGAGCCUCUUUACCUCGAUCCGAGGAAACUCACCCUCUACGGUCUCGGACAGCUCCCCCUGGGAUUCUUCAGAGAGGAUGUUGUCCCCGAAGAAGUGGCAGAACCAGUGGAACCAGUCAGAGCUAAGAAGCCGAAACCAAAGGAACCUGAGAAGAAGCUCCUGCCUUUUAGAAACUUAGAAAAGGACAUGAGGACCCUCCAUAAAGACCUUGCACACACAAGGUAUCUGAUCAACUCAGUGAAGAUUGGGCGGGGGUACUUCCAUAUGCUUCGCAGAGAAACUCUAGAGAGGCAGGAGGCACUCAGGCUGGAAGAGUGGAAGGAACAGGAGAGGCUGAGGACUGACUGUCAGCCGCCGGAAUACCCGUCAUCCUCGUCCUCCGAUGAAGACUCAGGGGAUGAAGAACUGACUGAUUUCUUUCUAACAGAAUGUCCCUUUCUGAAAGAGACGGAGAAGAAGAAGAAGAAGAAAAUUGUCCGACCUUUCACCCCCGUCUACAACGGCCUGCUGUCGGAAAAGCACCCAGAUGCCCAUUUCGACUCCAUCUUCCGGCAGCUGUGCGCCCUCAACUGGCUCUUGGAAGCUUUGACUCUGGAUUCCAACAGCAGCAUGAAACCUGUGAUGACAUGCUGGAAUCCCAGGCACUACGGCGGUGCAAAAAGUUCAUUGAAAGUCAUCGCAAAAGAAAAGACGGUGAAGGCUCGAUGGGAGCACUUUCUCUUGCAUACAAAGAGUAGAAAAUACACCCAGAAAGGACAGUACCGGGGCAAGAGAAUCCCCAAGAGAUCUUCCACCAUGAGCAUCUCCUCUCCCCACAGCAAAACGACCCUGACCAGCACAAGCUCCUUGUCGCCCAUCUACGACGAAGCGGCCCAGCCCCCUUCCGACAGUGCCAAGGAAGGGGAGGAGAUGGAGUCCCUCUUCAGCAAGCAAACCAAGGAGGAAGAGGAGCCGAUGUGCUACCAACUGCAGACGCUGCUUCAGAUGAUACACGAAGACGUGGCAAAGAAUUUCAGCAAAGAAAAUAUGUUUUGGAACUUGACGCACGGCUGCUCGCACACCAUAUUGUCGAGACGCGAGCUGGAGAGUGAAUAUUCGUUUGGGCAGAAGGGCAAAAGCUCAGUUUCGUCCUCGAAGGAAGAGAAGACCAGCACAGGAGUCGCAAAAGAGGAGACAUCAGGGGAGCAGAGGCCAAAGAGUUCGAUGACGGUGACUGUCCGGGAAGAUAAAACGGUGACAGCGACCUACUCGGACGAAGACACUGACAAACCUCAAAGCCUCUUCCUUAAAAGGAAAGAGCAGACUUUCCAGAACAUGAAGGAUAUCUUCCACGAGGUGGCUCACGAGUCUGCGUUCAGGCUGCAUGAUCAACUGGACAUCCUAGAGAGGAGGCGAGAAGAGAAGAGCACGAGGAAGUACCUGUGCCUGAGUCGCAUCACCAAGUUCAGAAAAGAUCUUGAGCGGAUGAGGCAGUCAAUGGUGGGGACGGAGCCGGAGCAAGACGCCGAGUCCGAGAACUGGUUCUCCACUCUGCUGGCCAGGAUCCCUGAUGAUGUCAAGAGAGACCACCGUACCCAGAAAGUCCUAAAGAAACUGGAGAGGUUUGCGAGGAAUCCAGACUUGCGCAUCCGACCACCUACCUUCCUGAAAGUGUUGGGGGAGCUUCGGAUCUGGGAAAUCUGCUCUCCGGACAUCUGUGCGGCUGUGGAGUUCCUGCGUGAAUAUAUUGUGGAUAUGCCCGUGGACGAUUACAAACAAUGGUUACAGUCUCGAGUGACAAUCCCUAAGCGAGCACACAGCGCUCCGCCGAUAUGCUGAAAGCCCCUCUCCCCAAGAGUGCCGGGUCGAAAAGACAAAGGACAAAGGCUUCAUUUUUUUUGUAAAAAAGAAAAAAGAAAUCAGACGCGUGCUGAGAAAGAGCUGGAUGAAGCCGACACCUGGAGUGUCUACUUGGAGAACGUACUCUUGCUCAUCUGCCUGGAAUGAUGCGUGGCUAGGGCCCAAGGGCCACACUCUAGAACCAACCUCUCAAAAGGCUGGAAUUGCUCAUUCUCAAAAAAGUUCAUUUGGAAUUGCAUCACCAUUGCUUGCAGCUGCAGGCUCAAAAUGACAAGGAAGAGAAUUGAACAGCCAAAGCCCUUUUAACUUUUGCACAGGUUCCUUCCUGCUUUGAAGUUUUAGAUGUUUAAUUUAAUUUGGGACAGGAGGCAUGGAAUUACGUGCCUGCGGCAACCUGCACUUCAGUGAAGGGAGCAGAUCCCUCUGCUUGUGGUGAUCAGCUCUCUCUGCUGAAAGGAGCAGUUCUGAGGCUUCAGUCCAGUGCCAGCAUUUGCAAAUGUUUUGUUAUUUCUGUAUGCUUUGAAUUAUUA